CAUGGAGGCGACUGCCUGUGCAGAUGAAUACGAGCAUAUCGUACCUAGUGUCAUGUACACGAUAAGUAACAUACCAGGUCCUGGAAUAGAUUUGAAAGAAUUCGAGUCAGAAUAUUCACUAGGUUGCUCAUGUACUGUUCGGUGUACCGAUUGUUCGUGUACACGUGGCUCUCCGAAUUAUAUCGACGAUUGUAUACUGGAUGAAAAAUUAUCAGAUCCAAUAAUCGAAUGUAACUCACAUUGUACUUGUAAAGAAAGAUGCGGGAAUAGACUGGUACAGAAUGGUCCAGUGGACAGUCUAGUCGUGUCGAAGAUUGAUGGGAAAGGACACGGCUUGUUCACGAGUAAGUCGAUUAAGAAAGGUCAAUUCAUUUGCGAGUACGCUGGCGAGGUGGUAGGUAUCGAGGAGGCAAGACGCAGAGUCGAGGCGAAUAAAAAUACCAUGAACUACGUGCUUGUGGUUUCUGAGCAUAUCGGUGAUCGAGUAAUAGUGACGUGCAUAGAUCCCAAACAUUUUGGCAAUAUUGGACGAUACUCGAAUCACAGUUGUGAGCCUAAUACUAAUCUCGUACCUGUCAGAGUGGAAGGACCAGUACCACGAUUAUGUUUGUUUGCGUCCAGAGAUAUAAAGAUUGGCGAGGAGAUAACUUUUGACUAUGCUGGCGGAGUUGUUAAUUCCGUCCAUAAUCUUAGUCAUACACCCUGUCUCUGUGGCUCCAAUAAUUGUUUUGGCUAUCUGCCUCAUAAUACUAUUUAAAACUGUUAAACCCUUUGAUAAAUUGAUUAAAAAUGAAUUGUCUUUGGUAAAUUUAUAUAAAAUUUUGUUUAUUCAUUGUUUAUUGAAAAUUGGGGCUAGGUAGUGUCAAGGAAUAUUUUUAGAAAGGAAUGAAACGAGUGGAAUAGAGUGUAGCGAGUUAGUGUGUCGAUUGCAUAUAGAAAUUAUGAUGGUUUUUUUUUUUAUUAGUGCAGAAGCAAGGGGAUUAGUGUAUUAGGAAAAAUAAUGAACUUUAGUACAUUGUAAAUUUAAAAAGAAAUUGUCAAAGAAAGGUAGGGUUAAGAAUAUAAUGUGAAUUGUGAUUAAGAAAUGAUUUAUAAAUCACGAUUUCAUAGUGAGAUU